AAUAAACCUUCUCAAGGACUUUGCUCACCAAAUUUCGUCAACCGAAGGAGAGUCCUCUUCUUCGCCCACCAAACCCCAUUCCAAUCACACCGCCGCCGCCGCCACUUUGAUCGGCAGGAUGGCCGGCGAUCCGGCCGCCGGCGGCGACGGCGGCCGUGGCUCCUCAGGCGGCAAGGGCUCGUCCCCCUCCUCCUCGCGGCACCAGCAGUUCCGCAACCUCGCCAAGACCCGCGUCGACGACCUCCAGGAGAUGUUCUCCGGCCUCCAGUCCGCCCGCAAGGAGAGCCGCUCCGCCGACGCCGCCCUCCUCGAGGAGCAGGUCCACCACAUGCUCCGGGAGUGGCGCGCCGAGCUCAACGUCCCCUCCCCCGCCUCCUCCCUCCAGAACUCUCAGUCGCAGGGUAACAACCGGGAGGCGUCGGAUCCGCCAUCGGAGACGCUGCGGUUGCUGCAGCUGGCCGGGGCCGAGGAGGAGGAUGACGCCACCAGCAAGCUCGUGAUGCCGCGAUCGCCUAUGCCGAUGCAAUCUUCUCAUGAGGGCCAUAAUCUCAGCCCCGUGCUACAGGGGGGGACUAUGGCGGGGGGAGCCGCUGAGCUGAUGGUUCCCCGAUCGCCGCUGCAGCAAAUGCCAUCUUCUCAUCAGAGCCAUGGGCAUGGGCAGGAUGGCGGCCAGAAUCUGCAGGGUGAGGCUGUCAUGGGAAGUACUGCUGCUACUGCUGCCCCGCAUCUGGGUCAGGGAAUGCAGGGCGAUUGCGGAGGAAUGGCUGGUGUUACCAAUGCAAUGUUCCAUGAUCAGCUGUACUAUAUAGAUCAUGAACUCAACAUUGAUGAUUUUCUUCAAGAUGAUGAUUAUAAGAUAAAUCUUCCUGGCUCAAACCCAGACGGCCCCAAUACCAUGCAGGGGAUUGGUCAGCUGGAACAUCAACAGUACAACCUGCCAUUAGAUCUGCCACCUAACUCAUUUGUUGAUGCAAAUAACUCUGCGCAGAGUUCUGGAGAUGUUUUUUUCCACAUGUCAGACUUGCUCACAACAAUGUGCCCAUCACCUUCUCAAUAUUUGGGGCCAAAAUGUGCACUCUGGGACUGCGGUCGACCUGUUCGAGGAUCAGAUGAGUGUCAACAUUACUGCAAUCCUUACCAUGCCGGUUUAGCUUUGAAUGAUGAUGGCCUUCUAGGGACUAGACCUGUGAUGCGUCCAAGGGGGAUUGAUUUGAAAGAUGGCCCUCUGUUUGCUGCUCUUAGUGCAAAAGUCCAAGGAAAAAAUGUUGGUAUUCCUGUGUGUGAAGGGGCUGCAACUACAAAAUCUCCUUGGAAUGCACCUGAGCUUUUCGAUCUAUCUCUUCUUGAAGGUGAAUCUCUUAGAGAAUGGCUAUUCUUUGACACACCAAGACGGGCAUUUGAUAGCGGCAAUCGGAAGCAAAGGUCAUUGCCAGAUUACAAUGGCCGUGGAUGGCAUGAAUCAAGGAAGCAAGUGAUGAAAGAUUUUGGAGGUCUGAAGAGGUCCUAUUACAUGGAUCCACAACCAUCCAGCAACUAUGAGUGGCAUCUUUUUGAAUAUGAAACCAAUGAUUCUGAUGCUCUAGCGCUGUAUCGGCUUGAGUACAAGUCUUCUGAUACUAAGAGGAGUGUUAAAUCAAAAUUGGCAAGCAGUCCACUGAGUGAAAUACAGCAGCAAAUGGUCAGGCUUAGUGCAGACAGUCCUGUGGAAAGCAAACGGACUGCUAGGAGCAGGGCAAAGGCUAAUCAAAAGGAUAACAAUUCAAACGCCUAUCCAGCUCUCAAUACCCCUGUUCAAGUCAGUGCUUCAAAUGCUCAUCAAACAAUGUCUGUCAACACCCCUGAUCAGGUCAAUGUUUCAAAUGCAUAUCAAACAAUGCCUCUCAACACCCCAAAUCAACCCGGUCCUUCUAAUGCUUAUCAUGCAGCAUCACAGAUGGACCAGAUGACGUUUCUGGAUGGCAGUGUUGUUUAUGGACCUCAUCUUCCAUAUGGAUACUCCACCGAAAGAAGCGAUUUCUACUGGAACCCUAGUGACGGGACAUGAAGAUAGCAUAUUGGGUUUCAUACAUUCUACUGCAUCUGUCAGCUGGGAAUUUUAACAGCAUCAGCUAAAUUAUGGGGCUCAACAGUGUGGCCCAAAAGUUUUCUGAUUGUAUGACCUCUUUUAAAGAUGGCAUGUUUGCAAUACAGUGCUAUACUUUGCAUUAACACUUGACUGUAAAAAUAUAUCCCAGCACGCCCUAGCUCCUGUUGAUGGCAAGUUAAAUGGUCAAAUGGCUUUUACCAGGAACCAAUGCUGCUGUGCUGGGUGUAUUUUUAGCUUAGCCUGAAGCCUUAUGAAGUUCUGAACUUCUGAAGGUUUCGUUUUAUCCUUUGUAUAUACCCUGAUUUUCUGAGGCGUUGUGGCAUCCCAGAUUUGCCUUUCCGUU